GAUUCGUUACGACUUUUCCAACCUGAUCGGUAUUCACCAAUCGUAGAACAGUGCGACCAAGUAAAAAGGAGCCAUGCCGGAAAAUUUGGAAACAGGUUGAAAGCGGAUAGAGGCAGUUCAGGCAGUGGUCCGAUGUUCGGCGCAGGAGGUACGAAAAGAAAAUCCAAGUGUGAUAAGAUGGCGUCACGCACGUCAGAUCUAGGGAAGAAGUGAGGGGUAGAGGAAAGACAGGAAGGAGGCAGGCCAGGCGAACGUCGCCAGGGGACUGCGGUGUGUGACAGAGAGUGUGAAUACGGGUGCUGUCAUGUCUUCUUCGGACCUUAAGAACGGCUACGUUUCGAUCACGGUAAAAUCUUGUGCACGAUUCAUCGUUUAAUAAUAUCAUCAAUGCCUUUGUCCGGCAAUAAGAAUCGUUCUAGUUCUAACGCGAUCGUCUCAACGAUACGAAGAAGACAGAGUUAAUAUAGCGGCAGUCAAUUUUUGUAGUGUUCGAGAAAGAACAAACGUGCAACGAUAAUCGGCUAAAAGGUACUCGAGAGAGAGAGAACCUUCCUCUCGGUCCUGGACACGUCGAGGAGGAGGAGGAGACGGAGGAGACGGAGGCGAACUGCCAAAGAGAUGCGCGAGUUCAAGGUAGUCGUCCUCGGCUCGGGCGGGGUGGGCAAGAGUGCACUUACUGUGCAAUUUGUUUCGGGAUGUUUUAUGGAGAAGUACGAUCCGACGAUCGAGGACUUUUAUCGGAAGGAAAUCGAAGUGGACAACUCGCCGUGUGUACUCGAGAUCCUCGAUACCGCCGGUACCGAACAGUUCGCGAGUAUGCGCGAUCUAUACAUAAAGAACGGCCAAGGAUUCGUCGUAGUUUAUAGUCUGACGAAUCAUCAGACUUUCCAAGAUAUCAAGGCGAUGAAGGAAUUGAUAACGCGCGUUAAAGGUACCGAAAGGGUACCCGUAUUACUCGUCGCGAACAAGCUUGAUCUCGAACAUCAACGCGAAGUGGAUACCGCCGAGGGUAACGCUCUGGCGCAACUCUGGGGUUGCCCAUUCGUCGAAGCAUCUGCAAAACAUCGCACGAAUGUGAACGACGUGUUCGCGGAGAUUGUACGCGAAAUGAACGUCAGCCCCGAGAAAGAGAAGAAAAGCUACUGUUGUUGCAGCAUCCUCUAAUAAUUAAUCAAAAUCCUGAACCGUGGGCUAAUUGAGCCAUAUUAGGUAAAGGAAAUGCAUAUAGUGGCUGGAUCGCAGUACACUUGGUGAAAAUUUCAUUCAUCCAGUGGCUACGCUCUCUCUCUUAGGCUCAAUGUUGGGCUUGUGCUGUGAAUUCGCCAAUCUGUAAGACUAAUAUUAUGAUUGUAAUGCCUGGAUUUUUGUGAAUUCAAAAUAUGUCAAAGACUCAUGCCGUCUCUCUUGGUUCUUUUUCUAUUGGAAAAUCGUAGCCUGCUAUUUGGCUGGCUGUUAAAUAUUUUAAUAUACAUGAAUAGUAUUAUGUGUAAUAUUAUUGUAAUAUAUAAUAGUAGAUAUAAGUGGGCAAUGAAAGAGGUAACUCCGUCAGCAAAGGACCAAUACUCGAGAGAGAAAGAAUGAGAAAAGGGAAUAGCAAAUGGAAUAAGAAAGGACACAGAUACCAUCGAGGGUGAUAACAGAUUGCCCUGCAGUAGUUGUUACUUGUUAACAGCAAAACCAAACUCGAUACGUCUAGCUUUCUGCUCAAUCUAAAAGAUACACCCGUUGCGUAUUUGUUCCAGUCCAUGAACCUCUAUUACUCGCAGGUUAGAUUAACAAAACAUUCAACCUAUUUGCAGAUAUUGAAGGAAUCACUGUGAUGGUCAGCCAUUUGAAAUAGUAAAAAAAUUGGAAACAUUAGAAUAAAUGUUAUUUACAAUGUACAGUCAAGAAUUUGAAAGAAGAUAGGUCGUUUUAUAUACAUUGUGCAAUGAUUUCCAUUAAUGAUAUGUUACCUAUGCUCAAUGUCAGAGGCUGCAGUACAUUAUAUAGAUGGCUUGAAUGGUGUGUCGUUAAUGGUACUGGUAUUGAUUGUACAGUUCCAAUAUUAGAAAUACAUUUUAUUGAGGUGAACAUGAUGGAGUAUUGAGAAUGGUCACUAAUGAAUAGAAUUUUAUAUUUAAGACCAGAAUAUAAAUAUCAAAAAGAUUCCACAGUAUACCAGAUAUUGUGCGUAUUCUUAUUUCAAUAAGAAUUACCUUGAUCAGAAUGUAAACUGAAAGCGUAACACCCUUUAAUUGAUCAAAGCAUGAAAUGAAAAGGAACAAAAGAAAAGAAGAGGAAAAAAAAUUGCAAUAAUAUUACAGAAGGACAGUAGUGCAUAACAUCAAUCGUAAAUAUAAUUGUAGGAUUUACAUGGUAAAGUGUGUACGAUAGAAACAAAAAUACAAGAUCUUUAUACAAUUCCAAAAAAUUUUAUGGCCAAUUUGAAACAAAAGAAACCAGCAAGAGGAGAGAGGUGAGACUUUGAAAUGUGUUUUUUCACAAAGGCUUGCUGGUACAUUGAUCCCUUCAACUGCAAAAUACGUAUGUGGUACUCAUAAUAAUCAAUAUAUCCAUUGCUUUGUACGAACAAAAAAUCUCCUUUCGAAACUGAUUAUUAUUGAGUUCGUGAAUGUAAACAGAUAGAUGUAACAAAAAAGAAAAAAAAAAGAAGCAAUGGACUCCCUUAUAAGUAGUAGUAGGUCGUGUGUAAUUUUUCUCGUGUGAUCAAAAAAAAUCAUAUUAUCCGAUGUUAAAUACCGCUUUUAUACCAUAACAGUCAUUACAUUAGCUCGAUACAUUAUUAUUUAAUGCCACCAUCGAAGUCAUUAAUUUCCGUGUGAUCGCUGCAUAACGUACCUUAAUAAAAAAAAAUGAGGGUUGUUCAAUUUGAUUAUCUUCUCUUUUUUUCUUUUUUACAAAUUUUAAUGGGAGGAUAUUAAAUCCUGAUUUUAUAAAAACGAAAGAAAAUGUGAAUUUAUAGUUUGUAUAAUAUCUACUUGUUCGUCUCAAUUAUCUGUCUUUCGAAUCGAUUACGAAUGUUGAAUUGUACACGACCGACAGCGCUUCCCGUAUUCGAACGUGUCGAAGGGCCGCGAUAUCGAACUGAAAAGUUUCAAACGAACUGAUGUACAGUAUUUCUAUCAUUGGUAGUUAGAGAGGACAAAAAAAAAAAUGAGUCCAACGAUAUAGAAUUCUUGGGAAGAGUUAUCGAUCGUACACUUAAUUCGUUUUCUCCAAUUGUCGGUGCACUUUUAGAAAUGUCGUUUCGUAGCGAAUAUGCGGGGCUAGAUGUUCUUCUUUCUAACAUCGCAAAGCAUUUAACUUUGUGCAUUAAUAACUAUUAUACAUGGUUCGGAAAUUUCUAUGUUUUUUUUAAUUUCUCAUAUUAAGUUUAAUUAUACGUUUCACGUUAGAUAAUUAUAUAUUAUAAGUUUAAACGAUUGUUUGUUAUUCUUUACAUUUUAGUCUCAUUCCAAAAUAUUAGUAUUUAUAAUUUGAUACUUUAGAAACCAUUAUACAUCAUAUAUGUAUAUAUAUAUGUAUAUGCAUUAGGGGAACUAAGUACUCGAAUAUACAGUAGAGUAUAUAGAGGGAGAAUCCGAAGUAGCCUCGCGUAUUCGUCUAAUGAAGGGUGCUAAUACGUUUCGUCAAUUUAAAAUUGGUGAAGCGUAUACCGACGUAGCGAAUCGGCCAUUUAAUAUAUUUCGUUAUUGUACUCAAAUAAUAUAAACACAGGCAAGGAAGAAAAAAGGGGGAAAAGUGAAUGGGAGGGGGGAACGGGAGGUGGCAACACAGAUAUAAUUAUUCGUAUCCUCUAUUUUAUCACUCGGAAAAUUCAUAGUCUCGCUGUGAUCCCGUAGAUUAUAACCGCAGUUUUUCUAUUAAAAGGCGACGAUAAUAACCGCGUAUAGAAGCCUUUCAACGGCGAAUCAAAGGGCCUCUUUGUGAAACGUGUAAUCGCUCUCGCUCUAUUAUCGUUACGUUUUUUCGCCCUCCUGGGUUUUUUGUGCUUCGCGAAAACCAUAGAUCGGAAAGAGAAUAAUAAAAAAAGAAAGAACGAAAAAAGGAAAGAAAAAUGGUAGAGUGUGGGGUUGGACACGGGGGUGGGGGAAAAGUAAAGGACGCUCAUUGACUGCCCGCGGGAUAGCUUUCUAAGUACAUUAUAUACACACUAAAUGCACGAAAAAAAAAAACGGAAUAAAGGAAAAAAGAAGUUUCUAUAUUUGUAUCGCUUCUGAACGUACACGCACAUGUUUCUCCGGCGUGGGAUCGCGUUUUAAGAAUAUUUUUCUAAAGAAUGCACUGAAAACUUUUGUACACGAGAGAGAGAGAAAAAAUGAAGAGAAACCCAAAAAAACGAAAAAUGCAAAAAAAAGAUGAUAAAGUACUACUACUAAUAAUAAUGAUAAAAAAACUGUCCUCUUACUUGGAAAGCUAUCGAGCAUUAAGAAAAUACUAGAAAAAAAAAAGAAAUAGAAAAAGAAAAAAAUCGAGCUUCGCCUGAGUGAGCAUAUCAAGUGUCAAGGACCAGGUACGUUUCGUUCCCUUGUUUCUCGGCCAGCAAAUAUUUUUUAGUAUUAUCUAUCGUUUCUUUUUUUUUUUAUUUCUUUUAUAACAAAAGUGAAAGAAAGAAAAAGAUUAGGAAAAGAGAAAGCACAAGAAUUCACCACCUAUAAAAAAACGAUUCGCAUACGAUUUUAUAAUUAGAUAUAAAUAAAUGAAUGAAUAAAUAAAUGAUAUAAAUAUAAAUAUAUAAAUAUAUAUAUAUACAUACAAUAUAUAUGUAUACAUGCAGAUUUGUUACGCAACUGGGUCACAUUAAUUCGAGAAACACCACGAUUUAGAUGUAUAUCGGCCUUUCAGUACUACCUGCGUAUGAUAUUGAGUACGAAAUACGUUAUAUUUUUUACAAUGUGAAGAAUCUGUAAAUAUUAUAGCGUCGAAUUAUAUAUAAUAAUAAUAUUAAUAAUAAUUAAUAAUAAUAUUAAUAUUAAUGAAGGAAAAAAAUUUGAAGGAAUACUGAUCUGACAUUGGAAAAGACAACAAUGAGAAUGGCUUACAGUAAAAAAAUGUGCAUUUCAUUGACAAACAACCUUCGCGAGAUAUAGUUAUGUUCUUUGUUGUUUUAGCCCGUCUUUCUUUGGUUCGUUGUUCUUUGAUCGGAUUAACUAUACUGUUCGAGCGAUAAUAUCACUUGGGUAGACAAGAAACAGAUACUCGAGACCACUCGAUUGUAAACGACACCAUCCGCAAAAAUUGCUCGCUGGUAUUUCGAAUUCUUUUUUUUCUUUCUCCACCUGAGAUGUUUGUUAAUCGCAUCGAUAAAAGAAGCAGGAGAAAUAGGCGAAACGAAAACGUGUGUUAUUUUUUACCAGUGGCGAAAGAAAAAAAAGAAAUAAAACAUAAAAGUAUGUACCACUCGUGUAUUUCCUUUUUUAAAAACGCGAGUGAAAAUAAACGAGUAUCUUUUUUUGUGACAAAAUAUUCUCAUUCUUGAUUUCGUUUUCAUUUGUCAAAAAUCUACUUUCAAUUAUCAAACUUUGUAUUGUAUUCCAUUUAUAUUACCAACAUAAGAAUCUAGUCACUAUAGAAAUCUUGUAACUCAAUGACAUGGAAAAAAUGUAUGGUUCUUAACUUGGAGAAAAGAAUGGUUUUAUUAUGAAAGACAUGACUGUACUACCCUAUUGUCUAAUUAAUUAAAAGUCGAUUCUUUAUAUUGAAAUUAUUUUAAAUAUUAAUUUUUUGAUAUAGUCUAAAUAAUGUAGCAUGGAUCUAAUAUUUGUAGAUUAAAGAUAAAAGUCGUAAUUUAAUUUCAAAGACAAUAGGCUGAUACAGCAAUUUUGUCUCAUAUUGCAGACCAAAUUUUUUUCCAUGAAAGCAUUGAGACUAUCCAGAGGAAGCUACCCACUUGAUUUUUGCCUGUCUCAAUACUGGUGCACAUUUUUUCUUUGUAUGCAAUUUUUUCACAUUUUUUUAUUACUAACCAUUGUACUGGCAUUUUGGAAAUAUCGCACAAAUAUAAUAUAGAAUAAAAACAAGCAA